AUGGGCCGCUCCCCGAUGGGCCGCCCGUCGCUUGGUCCGCCCCCGGAUGCCCCCCGCCCCCCGCCCGCCCGGCCCCGCUCCGGCCUCGGCCCGGCGCCAGGCAGCCCCGCCCGCUCCGCCGCGGCCCCCGGAAGUGACGUCCGGGGCCGCCGGCCUCCGGCGGAGGUGACGGCCGGAAGGCAUGUCCUUGACGGGAGGGGCCCGCCCAUAAGGCUCGCCCGACGCUACGGGGAGAUGGCGCAGCGAGCGGUCCUGAGGAGGGUCCUCGCGGCCCCCUGGCCGGAGAGGGCCGGCCCGCUCCUGGCCCGGGCCCGGCCCGGGCCCGCCGUCCCGCCGCCCGCCGCCCGCGCCCUCCUGCUCCGGCCCGGCCCGCCGGCCCCCCGCCUCUCUGCCAGGACGUUUUACAACAUGGUCCCCGCCGUCACCUUUCACAUCCAGGACGGGCCCGACUUUGAGAACCGCGUCGUCAAGAGCCAGACCCCGGUCAUCGUGGAUUUUCACGCCCAGUGGUGUGGGCCCUGCAAGAUCCUUGGACCUCGGUUAGAAAAGAUGGUGGCCAAGCAGGAGGGGAAAGUUCUGAUGGCCAAGGUGGACAUUGAUGACAACACAGAUCUUGCCAUCGAGUACGAGGUUUCCGCCGUGCCGACCGUGCUGGCCAUCAAGAACGGAGACGUGGUGGACAAGUUCGUGGGGAUAAAGGAUGACGACCAGCUGGAGGCGUUCCUCAAGAAGCUCAUCGGCUGCUGAGGGGGGGGGAGAGCGACGGCCCCCCCCGGCCCCGGGCCGACGGGGGACCUUCGUAGAACUUGCUAGCCAUCUCUUUGAACUUAACCUCCCUCGCCCCGCCCAGACCACUGUCUUCCUAGCCCUAGCGGCCACCCUGCGGGCUUCCCCGGGGGACGCAAGAGAAGGCCCCCGACCUCCGGGCACGGGAGGUGAAAGUGAAUGCGCUUCCUAACGUGGGACUGCGGGAGACUGGCAGAAAGGGGGAAGAUGCUGCUACUGCUGUCUUGGGGAAGGGGCGGCCAGUGUCCUCCCCCGCCCCUCCGGCUUACCGGCCGGGGACUUCUCUCUGAAGGUGACAGUGGCCCGAGAGACCUCUCCCUUGUGGCUUUGCUUCAUAGCAGGGUCGUCCUAUUCUAGCUGUGAAACCCUUUCCCCUCCUCUCUCCUCCCCACGUCCCUUUUCAGACCAGACAGGUGUGGCAGCAGAAACAGCGGGUUGGUGGGGUGAGGAGGGGGUCUCUCUCCUGUCUCUUUCUAUCUCUCCUCUCCCCCCAAGCUCUUUUCCCCGUAAGGUCCCACGCCUUGAACUUACCCGGUGACCAGCUGCAGCCAGUCUGUCCCUUUUGUCAGCAGGAGACAAGUCAAGGAGGUCAAGUCAAAUAAAACUCUGGGUUUUGCAUCGUCACAUAA